GACACUCCAUGUUACAAACAAAGUUACCAUAUUCAACAUAAAUCAACCAAUUCCCAUUUUCAUCCAUCCAGUAAAGAGGAAGAGGCUCGCAAAGAGUGCUACCCGAAACAGCUUCCAUACUUAACCAAAAAUCCAGGUUCUUCAAGUGUGUAUGAUUAGCUCCUUUGGCAACCAACUUGGGAAGAUGGAGGAGGGAUUUUGG